AUGACGACGAAUAAACGAACAGCUUCUUCGUUAAUGAAUGAUGAUAUUGAAGCAAAAAAACUUAAAACAGAGAUUGAUUCAACAUCUUCAAUAUCGACUACAAGCAAAGAAUCAAUACCAUCAUUUGUUGAUGACAAUGUUACAGCCAAAAAAAUAUGCGAAUAUGGCGAGGCAUGUUAUCGACAAAAAAAUCCAAAACAUACAGCUGAAUAUGAUCAUCCGUCUACCGGUGCAUCAGCAUCGACAAAGGACGUGAGCAAACGUUUAACAUCAAUUGAAAAAAUUGAACAAAGUGAACCUUAUCGAUUUUUUCUUUCGACUGUCUAUGGAAUACAAGAUAAUGAUAAUCGAAUAAAUGCAAUUAGUCUAAAAGAAAUUCUUUCCGCUGAACAUGGACAACUUAUUCGUUCAGCUCAAUUUAAUUAUAUGUUUGAUAUUGAAUUUUUACUUGAACAAUAUCCAUCUGAAUUUCGAUUGAAACCAUUAUUAAUUGUUCAUGGUGAUUCACGAGAUGAUAAUCAUUCAAUAAAAACUCAAUGUUCACCAUAUCCACAAAUUGAAUUAUGUCCAGCUCGUCUUGAUAUACCGUUUGGUACACAUCAUACAAAAAUGAUGUUUUUACUUUAUGAAACUGGUUUACGUAUUGUUAUUCAUACAGCAAAUCUUAUUCCACAAGAUUGGAAACAGAAAACACAAGGUAUUUGGAUUAGUCCUAUUUGUUCAAAAACUAGUGACAAUAGAGAAUCGAAAACAAAUUUUAAAAAAGAUUUACUUGAUUAUAUUGAACGAUAUCGUGCUAGACAAUUGCAAUUUUGGCAGAAAACUAUUAAUGAACAUGAUUUUAGUAGUAUCAAUGUACAUCUAAUUAGUUCAACGCCUGGUCGUCAUAGGGGACCUGAUAUAAAUAAAUUUGGUCAUUUAAAACUUCGUCAAACAUUAAAAAAUUAUCUCAAUCUUGAAAAUGAUGAACAAUAUUAUUCUGCACCAAUUAUAGGACAAUUUUCAAGCAUUGGAUCUUUAGGUCCAAAUGCAAAUUCUUGGUUAACAAAAGAAUUUCUUACAUCACUCAAACAACUUAAUACAACUUCAUUAGAUUCUCCAGAAUUACAAUUAAUCUAUCCAACUGUUGAAAAUGUUCGUACAUCAUUCGAAGGUUAUAUGGCUGGUGGAAGUUUACCUUAUAACAUGCAAACUGCAAUGAAACAAGCAUGGCUUGUUAAUUAUCUUCAUCGAUGGAAAGCUGAUCAUCGUCAACGUAGUCGAGCUUCACCACAUAUUAAAACAUAUUUACGAGUAGCAAAUGAUCAAUAUAAAAAUCUUCUAUGGUUUUUAGUUACUAGUGCUAAUUUAUCAAAAGCUGCUUGGGGUGGCUUAGAAAAGAAUAAUACACAAUUAAUGAUCCGAUCAUAUGAAAUUGGUGUUUUAUUUAUUCCAAAACAAUUUUCUAAAACAAUGUUUCCUCUUUUUGAUGCAUCAUCAUUUCCAAUUCCAUAUGAUUUACCACCAGUAAAAUAUCAAUCAACAGAUAAACCAUGGAUAGUCGAUAUGGCAUAUAAAAAUCGACCGGAUUCACAUGGAAAUAUGUGGGAUCCGCAUGACUGA